AUGUCCGAUUCAGAUUUAGUCUUACAACAAGAAAGAUUAAAAAAGAUAACAGAUGAAUUAAUAUUACAACUUACAAUUCUGGAAGCACUACCUUAUUUAACCUCAACUGAUGGUUUAGCGACCGUUAAAGAAAAAGUUGAUGAAAACUUAUUUCAGACAAUAAUAAAUACUAUUGAAGAUUUCAAAGGCAACAAAAUUACUAACGUAAAGAAGUUUAAGGAAAAAGUGUGCAUAAUAUGCAAUGCAACAAAAUUGAAAUUUUUGGAAGGUAACACUCAAUGUAUGAAAAAUGAUACUAUUUCGAUGAUUACUGAAUAUUUAAAGAACAUUUUCGACAAAAAAUUAGGGAGGAGUGGAGUUGAAGAUCUAAAUCAUAAGCAAGUGUUUUUUGAAAUUUACAAAAAUAACAAAUAUUAUUUAGAGUUUAUAAAUGAUGUAAAAAAUAAAUUGAAAGGUCAAGAUGAAGAUUUUAAAUAUUUCAUAGAACAACAAACUUCAAAAAGAAACAAGUACGAACGAGGUAUAAUUGAAAUGAAAGAACAUUUCAACAGAGACAUUUUGGAAAUUUGUCAAAGAUCAACAUUCACACUUAAAGAAGAUAUUAAAAUUUGGGAAGAACAAAUAAGAAAGUUACAAAAAGAAGCGAGAGAAGUAAGAUUAGCUUAUAAUCACCAUCUAGAGACACAUAUGGAAAAUGAAAAGAAAUUGAGAAUCCAAAGAAAAAAUGUUGAAGAUAAAUUAGUUGCGCUAAUCAACAAAUUUGAUGUUAGUGUUGGAAAUAUGUUUAACCAAUACGAACUGCUUCAAGAGAGAUAUCAAAAAUUACAAAUAGAGGUUGAGGAAUUAAUUCAAAAGGAUGCACUUCAAAAGAAGUUGUAUGAUAAACUUAUGAAGGAAAAGAGAAUUGAAGAAGAAAAUCUGAGAAAUGAGUUAGUUACACAGUUCGUCUUAAAUCGUUGUGCUGUUACAAUUCAAAGACAAUGGAGAGAAUUUACCAUAAGAAGACAUGCGAAAAAGAAAAAGAAAGUCAAAAGCAAAGCACAAUCAGGGGAUAAGAAAACUGCAGAGAUUAAAACUUAAUUAAUAUAUUACUAAAUACUAUAUAUAAUAGGGUAUUGUAAUUUAUAAAAAUAUUCUAGUUUUAACAUGUAAUUAGUUCAAUUAGUUAUGUAAGAAAACAAUUACAUAAUAAAUAAAUUUAACACGUCAUUAACAAUAAUCAAAUGCGUGUCAAUAUCAAUAAAAAAUACAAGAGCACCUUGA